CCCGCGAUCUACACCUGCUCGCGGGCCGCAUCGUCGUGGUCCUUGCGGCCUUGGUUGUUGGCUCCUACAGGCCCACAUCCACCUACCCGUUCGCCCCCUUCUGCUAGCUCCGUCCCCGUUGCGCGCUGCGCCCUCCCCCGCAGUUACUUCCUCGCAGGCCCGCGCCACCGCGGCGCCUCCCCACCCAUUCCCGCGAGGUCCCCCGCCGUGCGGUUACCGGCGGCGAGUUACCCGCGGUUACUCCGCGCCGCGCGUGUGUAUGCUGCUGAGGCCGCUGCGCGCCCGCAGCCUGCUCGACGGAAUCCCGCACCGGGGGCCUGCCGCCGCCGGCUACCGCGCGGGGCGCGAGCGCGCCGACGGGGAUGGGGAUGCGCUCGCCGCUUACGCGAACAUGCUGGCGCGCGGGUUCCGGCCCGACGCCUACACGUUCCCGCCCCUGCUCAAGGCGGUGGCGCGGCGUGGCGGCCCCGCCGCGGCGUCCUCGUCGGCGCCCGCAGCCGCCGUCCACGUGCACGUGGUCAAGUUCGGGAUGGGCCGCAGCGCCCACGCAGCGAGCGCUCUGGUCGCCGCGUACGCGGCCGGGGGCGACGGCGCGGCGGCGCGCGCGGCGCUGCUGGACGCGCGCGGUUGCGGCGCCACGCCCGUCGUGUGGAACGCGCUGAUCUCUGGCCAUAGCAGGGGCAAGCGGUUCGCGGAGUCGUGCCGCUCGUUUGCGGACAUGGUGAGGGCGGGCGCCACGCCCACGCCGGUCACGUACGUCUCGGUGCUGUCAGCUUGCGGGAAGGGUGGGGACUUGCUGCUCGGGGUCCAGGUGCACAAGCGCGUUCUGGAGAGUGGGGUGCUGCCGGACCUGAAGGUUGAGAAUGCACUGGUUGAUAUGUAUGCCGAGUGUGCUGAGAUGGACUCGGCUCGGAGAUUGUUUGACGGCAUGCAGGUGAGGAAUGUGGUGUCCUGGACGUCUUUGGUUUCUGGGCUCGCGAGAUUAGGCCAGGUUGAUCAUGCCAGGGAACUGUUUGACAGUAUGCCUGAGAGAGACACUGUCUCAUGGACUGCGAUGAUUGAUGGUUAUGUACAGGCUGCCCGGUUCAGGGAGGCAUUGGAGAUGUUCCGUGAGAUGCAAUAUAGCAAUGUGAGGGCAGAUGAGUUCACCAUGGUUAGCGUGAUCACUGCUUGCACGAAGCUAGGUGCUCUGGAGAUGGGAGAAUGGGUGAGGGUUUACAUGAGCAGGCAAGGGAUUAAGUUGGAUGUUUUCGUUGGCAACGCCCUCAUAGACAUGUAUUCCAAGUGUGGAAGCGUCGAGCGAGCAUUGGGGGUAUUCAAAGAGAUGCACAGCAGAGAUAAGUUUACUUGGACAGCUAUCAUACUUGGUCUUGCGGUGAAUGGUCAUGGAGAAGAGGCUAUUGACAUGUUCCACAGAAUGAUCAGGGUUUGGGAAGCUCCAGAUGAGGUGACCUUCAUUGGUGUUCUCACAGCCUGCACCCAUGCUGGCUUGGUUGAUAAAGGACGAGAGUUCUUCCGCAGCAUGAUUCAUUCCUAUAAGAUUGCCCCAAAUGUCGUGCAUUAUGGAUGCAUGAUAGAUCUCCUUGGCCGAGCUGGGAAAAUUACAGAAGCUUUGGAGACAAUAGACCAAAUGCCAGUGACUCCCAACUCUACUAUUUUGGGAACCCUGCUGGCAGCUUGUAGGGUUCAUGGCAAUUUAGACAUAGGUGAGUUGGUAGCAAAGCGCCUCCUUGAGCUGGAUCCAGAGAACAGCACGGUGUACAUCCUUUUGUCAAAUAUGUAUGCAAAGUCUAACAGAUGGGAAGAUGUCCGACGGCUUAGGCAGUCAAUAAUGGAGAAAGGAAUAAAGAAAGAACCUGGUUGCAGUCUGAUCGAAAUGAACGGCAUGAUUCAUGAAUUUGUAGCUGGUGAUCGCUCUCAUCCCAUGAGCAAUGAGAUCUACUCUAAGUUGGAGAAUAUAAUCACAGAUUUAGAGAAUCUUGGGUAUUCUCCUGACAUAACUGAGGUCUUUGUUGAAGUUGCAGAAAAAGAAAAGCAGAAGAUUAUUUAUUGGCACAGCGAGAAGCUAGCAAUUUCUUUUGCAUUACUCAGUUCGGAACCUAAUACUGUGAUAAGAAUUGUGAAAAACUUGAGGAUGUGCUUGGAUUGCCAUAGUGCAAUUAAGUUGAUAUCAAGAUUGUAUGGAAGGGAGGUUGUUGUGAGGGACAGGACACGCUUCCAUCAUUUUAGACAUGGAUUCUGUUCUUGUAAAGACUAUUGGUAACUCCUUACAUAUCAGUCGCACAAGAUGACUGAAUAUCAGUGACCUCAGCUUUGAGUGAUCAGUUGAUGGCAAGAGUUUUCACUUUAAAUAUGGUAUCAACUGCGCUUUAGGAAGUGAAAUGAGAAGAGUGAUAGCAUUAUUAAUCUACUGGAGCCUCCAUUUCUUUAUUCUGUUUGAGCUCAUCUUCUUGCAUGUUGCACCUUGAUGUAAACCUUGACAUAGCUGAUGGUUCUGCUGGCAUAUCAUUUGUUCGAAGCUACUAUUACAUGUUCUACUACACGUCAUAAGAAAUGUGUUCUAUCUUUGUCUGUUAGGAAUUGAUAUUUUUUUCUCUCUUUUCAUUAAUAAUCUGUUGUCAUCUUGUUCAGAAUGUUUCUGAUUCAGAUUCUUGCAAGUCAAAUAGUCGUAAGAUUUUUUUAGGUAUUUUAAAUGUCAUCAGUAUCUAACUCUUGGAUUUACUUUGCAGAGUUUUACAUCAAAGAGAUGCUUGGUAUAGCUUUGGGUUGUCUCUGCAUGAAAUCAAACAUUUGGUUGAUUGAUUAUGUCUUCUGGAGUUUUACUGUUUGGGCCUUCAUAAAACCCAAGGAAUCUAUGCUUCUUUUUGGCUCCUAUUUUUGGGUUGAAGAUAUUUUUAUAGUGAUAAAAUGUGCCUUACAUCAACAUACCUGACAAGGGAUGCGAAGCCGCAGAAGCCGUUAAAUGUGAGCCUUGGGAUACCAAACUCCCUUGCGAUGCCAGCGGUCCACCAGUGUGCGACAUCGGAUAUGAUGCAGCUUGGAGAUGGGCUUUGCUGACGGAGGUAUGCUGUAAGUGGCUCCCGAAGUGCUGCACAGGCCUCCAUUAAAUUCUUGAACAGAUCUAUGGAUUGGAUCAUGUCGGCGUUCUCGCAUCCGUCAGGCAGGCCAAACUCAACAGCGGGGAAGUGGAGCUUGACGAACUGGAUUGUGAGGCCUGUUGCCACCGCGUGGUUGAUGAACCCUGCCAUCCUGGAGGCGUUCACCGGUGUGGUGAUGAAGCUAACCUGUGCACCAUGCUCGGCUAGCAGGCGUGCCAUGUCAGUCAUAGGAAUGGUGUGGCCCUGUGCCAUCAGUGGAAUGAGCACGAAGUGUGCCCUUUCUGAGGCGUUCCGGCUAUCGGUGAGUGCUUGGCCGACUGAGGCCAUGGUUGUGAUUGUAAGAUGUUGAAUUGAGCUAGGACUGACAAGAUCUGCAGAAAGCACGCGCAAAUUGUUCUGGAGAGGUCGAAUGCUGUUUGAACUGAAGGAGAUGGCAACUGAGAUAUAUGCAGUGCCUGUGCCUCAUGUUGAAAGCGACAUGGCACGGGUUAAGUGUCAGGGCUCAAUUGGUGGGGUGUCAGGCCAGCAGCAUAUCAACUUGCAUACAGCUUUGGUGACGUAUGUUCACACGUCAAUCAUAGAACCGUGGUUACUUUUAAACUAUGUCCGACUGGACAGCAGGAGGCUCAGAUAGGAGGGUUACUGCCUAAUAUGUCACAUGGCCUGGAAUGUAUAGCAGCUCUCUUCUGAAAACUCCUGGGACUAAAGUGGGUAUGCAAAUAAAUCCACUAGAAGUUUAGUUCUUUGGUUCCGAUAUGUCACAUUCAAAUCGUUACAUGGUUGUACUAAUGGUUUUUGCAUGUUUUCUACUAGCCAUGUUUUUGUAGCCUAGAAAGGCAGCAAUACAGUUCCCCAUUUGAUGAUUUGAUCUUGCUGGUGAUGCUCACCUUGCCUUGGCUGCAUUAUUUGUAUGGACAAAGGAAGGCUACUCUGAGAGUGACAAGGUCAUCUAUUUGGAAAACUGGGUCAUUGGGUCCCAUCGUUUCUGAAAGAGGCACUUGCAGUCUUGCAUGAGCGCGCAGUACUGCCUACCAAGAAAUAGUCCUACUUGUUCUAGUUAGUCAUGGGAAUUGGUCCUUAUUACUGGCAGUCUCGUCUGAUGUUGUUGACGCUGUGGCGCAUGCUGGUUGAAAAAUUCUCCUCUUGGCCAUUUGGUCUAUCACUUUGUUUGCUCUCCUAUGGCCACUUCUUUAAUCACCAUCAUCUCUAGAUCUCAUCCAUAUACUAGGGAUCAAUUUUCUCCAUUACGUCUCUGAUGUUGACAAGUGGACAGGACAGUGAUUAUGCUGCUUGUCGUAUCUUGAACGGCUUAUUCGAGGCAAAGAUUCACAAUCUGUACCAUGAGUGCCCCGAAUCCAGAGAUCUUUGAAAGCAGCCAAGAAGUAGAGGCACGCAAGACAGUCGGAGCACAAAAUACUGGUUUUUCCUUCUAGAAAGAGCUGUUCAUCUGGGUGGUCUCAAGGUAAUUAUGGUGACCAAUUUGGCUAGAAAAUGCUGGCAGCAAGUGUUUGGAUGUUUCGACAAGUGUUUUUCUGCCUACUCAUGUAUAUACAUCAGGCAACAUAUCAAUGUCGUUGAGACCUGCAAAAGAGUGCCGUGGAGCCCUUUUUUUCCCCGUUAA